AUGGAUCCUGUCACAAUAUUGGGAGCUGCAAGCUCAGCAAUUGGUAUCGCAAGUUUUGGCGUCCAAUUAGUACAAAUCCUGACGAAGUACGUGACUGAUGCUGGCGCAGCGGCUCAGAAUCUCAAAGCAACAUUAAGAAACAUUGAUGCUGCAAGUGCGUCUUUCGAAUUCGUUAAUCAUUUUCUGAAACAGGAAACUGAGCGUUUGAAGUUAGGACAAAAGGCGACACUUAAUGCGCGCGGAAUAAGACAAAUUCAAAGUAUUACAGACGAUUGUUUGAAAGUGUUUUGGAGAGUGGAGGCAUGGGUCUUGUACAAGGACGACUCAAACGAACUGGAGCUCAAGAUUGCCAAUAGGCUGAAUGAAUACAAAGAGGAUGUGAAAUUUGAUCCAACAAGGCCUUCGCAAUUCCUUAAAGUCGAUGAAACUUCAGCGAAAGUCCGCAAACUCAGAGAAUCGUGGUUUACAAGAUACCUGUCCCCGUUACAGACACACAAACUUCUUCAAUAUGCAAGAGAACUUCAUCAACUUCAAGCGAGUUUGAAUUUGCUUUUCACAGUAAUUAGCGUCAGAUUAAAUGGGCCUCGAUCAGGAUCGAAUCCUAUCAAUGCCAUGUGUGCUUCACCGUAUGACAUAACUUCGUCUGGCAUCGAGCAAGUGGUUGGAAUGCUCCCAGAAGUGACAAACUACAUGUUUCAUCCUAGAAUGAAUGAGUACGAAACUCAACAUUUGAACAAUCGGUUCAUCAAUCCAACCGGCAGAGAACAUCUUAUCCCUUUAGCCAGUGGGAUACGAUAUGUUGAUAAUCGUUAUACCCAUAUUCCACAGAGUUUCUUCCAACAUCCCGAGCUAAAUCGAAGAGAAAAUACAUCGUUUCGCACAGUCAUUCCUCCAGCUGUUCCAGAUGAUCCGCUGAACUCUGUUUUGAAAACGAAUGCCGAGGCCCAGAGCAGCUCUCUGCAAAGCCAAGACUCCAAGGGAAAAACAAAUGCCAGAUCAUUUUAUCCCGGCCAAAAAGACAAGAGAUAUCAGAACCUUUCCACAGUGGCCCAGCAAAGUACAAAAGCUUCCAUGAAUAUAGACGAAGAGAGUCCAGCCGAAGAAGCUUCUAGGUCUCCCGAUAGCAAGGUAGACCCCCCAAAUCAAAAGGGGCACGAACGCCGGAACGCCAGAACCUACGCCCAAUCUUGGCAUCCAAAGGUUUCUGCUAAUAAAAAUGAAGGGAUUGUCCCAUCACAGGCUUUUCCGGCGCCAUCGGCCAACUACCAAGUUGGCCGUAAUCAAGCUAGCAACGUUUCAAAGCCAGCGAUGGAGAUAAACGACAUCGAAUUAAAUGAUAAAACAACCCGUUCGCGCAAUAAAUUAGGAAACAGUAUGCCACGGCAAGCUUAUAGUCUGCAGACCAAACAGCUUCAGCCAGAAAUAUUGCUUAAUCUGGAACCAAAUAUGUCCGUUUCGGAGAAUCGAGAGAAGAAUCCUGGUUCAUUUCAUGAUACUUCCGAGGAUCUCAUCGAUUUUGGUGACAAUAUUACAACAUUGCAACAACCGACUGCGGUCGUCAUUGAUGAGAUAUGCCAAGCGCAAAACUUAGGCUCACAAGCCGUUCAGUAUGACCUGCUUUCUGGAGAUCUAGACGAACUCCGGACAGAAACGAUGGGAGAGUUGGAGAGUCCUAUCACCCCGAAAAUAUGCUUUUACGAUGCAACGCCUAGGGAAACUCCCGAUGAUGCCGUAGAAACGGUAACGGCAAAGGUACUCGCUGCCUUGGCUCCUAUUUCAUCUAACCAGCCACAAAUUCGCGGUACCAUCGAUCAACCCGAUCGCAAAACAAACGAACAAUUCGCCAUCAAAAAGGAAGAAAUCCCCGAAUCACUAAAGUUAGUGAGUCUGCCGAUGUUGGAGAAGUUCUCAGACAAGAACAAAAGCCAUGGGUCGCAGGAUAAAAUCAUUCCUCAAAGCAGAGCAUCAGAAGCAUUCAUAGAAACUUCAUCCUCAUCAUCUACUAAUUGUCGCUCCCAACAGAGUGUCGAAAUUGAUUCCGUGAAGAUGCCCAAGCAGCGAAAGGAGUUACUAUUCGAUAAUUCAAACCUCGAUUGUUCGCCGCCAUCGAAUCUCAGAAAACUCCCCACAGAUUAUCCGGCAUCUCAAAUAUCCAAUUCUCUAAGCUAUGUCAGAUGUUCUGAGGUUGGCACUAACCAAUCAUCGAAGAGUAACUUUUCAAAGCACAGCUUUAUCAAGAGUGGUGGUCUCAAAAGUAUUUUUAGACGCAAUAAUCUUGCCGAGGAUGACAUGGACAGGAUGAUUCCAGAAGGUACCUUUCUUACUGCAUUUUUCAUCAAGGGCCAAAGCUAUCAGCAAAUACCUACUGUUAGGGAUUUUAAAUUACGCAAAUCAGAGAUCGAGCGGAUGCUGUCGCAAACUCCCCAGCAGGAUUGGUGGAAGGAAUUUUGUUUUCUUGAAUCGACCGAGACCACUAGUCUGACCCAGAUUCUAAAACCUCAAGCUAGCUAUAGAAAAGCGCUCAUAAGCCUCAAAGAAGUAAAGAAACAGUCCAGUCGAUUGUGGUCGCGGAGCGAAAAGGGUCACAUCGCGAUUAUCAUUAACAAGCCUCUGGCUAACCUUGAUAUGGAGCCAGACUUUGGCCUUGACUACAGAUCUGCACCAACUCGAGUGGAUGCGAGAGAAAGUAGUAAUGGUAAUGCUUUUGGUCCCCAGCAGCUUGGGGAACUCAUCGCACGAGCUAUGGACGAUAAAGAUUGUCUUUAUUGUGCCUAUACAAUUCAUCCAGCACUCAUUGAAACUUCGUUUCAAUCGCCUGAUUGGGUAAACGCUCAUGGAGUCAAACAGCAUUUCUCAGGAAGACACAUACUUGGAAGAAUUUUAGAGCUAAGCACAAGUAGUGGGACAGUCAUUUCGAAGCUUUUGGAUCUCACAGUGCCACAGCAGAGACAGGUUCAAAAUAUAGUCGACUCAAACAACGAAGUCAAUAGUAGCAUCAUAUGGACACUUGCACAGCUCGAAGUCGUCUAUGGGAAGUGUCUGAGCCCUACAAGUGACGGAAUCCUGUCAAUAACAGUAUAUCUUGUGGGAACUUCAAAUGAAUCAGCAGAUAACACUUCAAGAUCGGAGAAGAGUGGCUGGACUAUGAGUUCCUCAUCAACGUUGAAAGACAGAGGUGCCGAUGAUAUCCAAGCAACUUCGAACCUUAAGAGCGUUGAUUUCACAAAAUCAUUGAAAUCUCCUCCAACAACAUCCCUGGAAUUUUUGAUCCCCGGCACUAAAGAUGCGGAACCAAUUCCUCCGAACUCCCCCAAGUCACUAAGAAGAACUUCAUGUAUAUCUGACACGUCUUAUGUUGAUCCUUCUGACUUCGAGAGAACGCUUGGCAAUUAUUAUGAAGCUUUACAGAUUCCAACAAAUGCGAAUGCUGCUGCUAUCAAAAAGCCCAAUCUCUCCUUACGCAAGGACUCUCAUCCGACGUUGAACCCCUUGAAAUUUCCUGCUAGGAAACGCUUCGUUACUGAAGCCUACAGAACCUUGGGGUCGCCCAACAGACGUGAUGCUUACGAUAAAGAACACAACUUCAACCAACCACAGCCAGAAAAACAAACGAAUUCCCCAAGAUCAAACACCAAUCCAUCGGCAAAGUCCAAAAGAACAAAAUCCUGGGAUGAAGAUUACGGAGAUAGAGAUGAUGUGAGUGAUGAUGAGAGCUACAAUGGUAGACGGCACGUGGGCUUUGCAGAAAGUCGUAGAAUACCUCUUCGACGGGGAAUAAGGAAUCCUGAGCUGUACGAAUCAGAUAGUCAUUCCAGCUCACAUGAUGAACCUCCACAACGAACUCAUGGGGUGGGAAGAGUACCCUACCGAAGAUUUCCUCAACCCCUGGUCAAAGACCGGGGCAGAAGUUCAACAUAUGAUGAUCGUCCAAGACAUGCAUUAUCUAGAAGAUACUAUAGAUCAAGGACUCCACCGCUCGAAAGCAGCUCAUCAGAUAACGACUCAAGAUCACAUUCACCAUUGAGAACCUCGUUUGGUGGCGGGAAUACCACCAAUCCCUUCAUAAGGAAAUCCACAACAUAUGGUCCUCGUACAAAUUCAUUUGCUGGAAGAAGUCCGGCAAGGCCACCAUCUCCAAGAAGUGAAGCAUCAUCUGAUGAUUCAAGCCUAUCAUCACCAGAAAGAAGUUCCUUACACCAGUAUAACAAUCAAUCUGCACAUUCAUCUGCUGGAAGAGCCUCUGCGCCCAAUCGUCGACCAAGAAACUCCCCGCAUAGAAGAGCGGCCUCAGUGGCAAGACCUGUAUCUGACAGUUUCAACUGGAGACAAAGAUGUGAAGCGAACCAUAAAGUAACUCAGCCGAACAACUUUAGUAGAGCACACAAUGAUUGGAGCAGAUCCAGAAGAAUCCAACCACUAUCACCUCAGUCAUCACCUCGGCCAACUUCUUAUAAUCUCCCGUCCCACCAAUUUAUACAGGAGUCUGUCAUUCCAUUUGAUCGAAGACCUGCACAUUAUCCUGAUCACUAUGAUGGAAAAUCAUACAAUCCGUAUGAAGCAUCAGGGGCCGAACAUACUGACGACAAGAUCGUGCAGCAGCUCUUACUGGAGUGGACACCAGCAGGCGAAGAGGCUGAGGCAGCAGCAGCACAGAACACAGACGAGAACAAUCAUUCUGCAAAUCAAGGUUUAAACGAUCCGUAUAAUACAUGUUCUGGAGUCAAGAGUCAAAGCCGUCAUACGUCCCAGGAACAAGUCGAGAGAACCGAGACACCUGAUGCCACGAAGAUAAAUGUCAAAGGUGAAAGACGACCAAUGGCAACAGUGGAGGACGAUGCUGGAAAAUUUUCGGAUUUUGAAAACCCUCCACUAUUUCCGCGGCGUGCGAUGACUAAUUUCUUCUGA